CCAGCGUUCCCCGAUUGGUGUGUCUGAAAGAAAACUGUGUCUACAAAAUGUUGUAGCCAUCAGAUUGAGAUCUGAUUCCUGCUCUGUGGCAUUCUGAAGAAUCGACGUUCAUCAUUACUAGUGAAACUCAGCUGCCACCUGACGGGACAGCACAGCAAAGGCUUUGGCGAUCUUUUUGAGUUAGAGCAAUACGGACACUCUUGGAAUAUAAUCCCAGUGAUGUCUCUUUUCUGUGUAGCCCGGAAGAAUACCUGACCACCAUUGGCAAGUUCUUCUGAGACCUUAUAAAAACUGCUCUGCCAUUAAACAACUGAGGGACUCUGGGCUGUUCAGGAGGGCCUUAAGAACUGUGCAUAUUGAGUCACCUGGAAGAUUGAACCACUGCUACUCAGAGCUGCUGCUGCAAUACCAUGUCUAAGAACUCGGAGUUGAUCAAUCUGUCAUUUUUGUUAGAUCAUGAGAAGGAAAUGAUCCUGGGAGUCCUAAAGAGAGAUGAAUAUUUGAAAAAAGUGGAAGACAAGAGAAUAAGGAAGCUGAAAAAUGAACUCUUAGAAGCAAAACGUAGAAGUGGGAAGACUCAGCAAGAAACCAGCAGAGUCUGUGUUCACUGCCAGAGAAACCUGGGCUUAAUAUUUGACCGAGGAGACCCGUGCCGGACCUGCUCACUGAGAGUGUGCAGCGAGUGUCGGGUCUCGGGCCUUGAUGGCAGCUGGAAGUGUACUAUCUGUGCCAAAGUCGCACAGCUAAGGAUUGUAACUGGUGAAUGGUUCUUUGAAGAAAAGGCAAAGCGUUUCAAGCAAGUCAAUAUUCUGGGCACUGAUGUAGUCCGACAGUCCAUCUUAAAAAGAAGUACAGGAACUGAAGAAAAACAAGGUCAAGAGCAACCCCGCCAGGACCCAGAAAAGGCAGACACUUCACCUUCUGCAGGACAAAAGGCCGGUCAUGAUGGACCCAGGAGAAAGGGAUUUCUUCUUAGCAAGUUCAGAUCAGCAACCAGAGGAGAAAUCAUAACUCCGAAAACUGAAAGCGGGCGGAGCUACAGCUUGGACUUAGACAGCCAGAACUUUCGGAGUUUAAAGUCAGUCCCUGGUUUAGACAGGGGAAGCACUGGUUCAUCAGAUCUUAAUGACCAAGAAGCUGGCCCCACAACCCCGAAGAGCACCCGGAGCAGCAGUGUGACCCCAGUCCCUCAGAGGUCACCAGCCCCAAGCACACGCAGUGUGGCCUCAGUCAGCAUUAGAGAACAUGGUUUUGAAAAUUCCAUGGAUUUGGCUGCCAUUGAAAGCACAUAUGAGGACCUCACAAAAAGUCAUCGCAGAAACAUUUCUGGUACACCUUCCAUAGCAGUGUCUGAAAUCUCCCUCUCUUCAGAUCGGAGUCGAUCUGAGUUAGAUUUGAGUGGAUCAUUUCCAGAAGACUUAGAUAAUACUGUAAACAUAAGAAGCAAGUCUGUCCCUGGGGCUUUAGACAAAGACUUGGACUCCUUGGAAGAGACCGAGGAAGGUGUUAAUGACUUAGUGUCCUCCAGGUUUUCUGCAAACACCCACAGUCUAGCAAGUGGCCUGUCAACCACCAGCCUUAACAGCAUGAUGAGUGUUUACAGUGAAACAGGAGACUAUGGCAACGUGAAGGUCAGUGGUGAAAUCCUUCUCCACAUCAGUUACUGCUACAAAACUGGCGGGCUCUACAUUUUUGUCAAGAAUUGCAGAAAUCUGGCCAUUGGAGAUGAAAAGAAACAGAGGACAGAUGCUUAUGUUAAGUCAUACCUUCUUCCUGACAAGUCCAGAAACAAUAAGCGCAAGACCAAGAUCAGAACAGGCACCAAUCCAGAAUUUAACGAAACACUAAAGUAUACCAUCAGCCAUACCCAGCUGGAAACAAGAACUCUACAACUCUCAGUCUGGCAUUAUGAUCGAUUUGGACGUAACAGCUUCCUUGGGGAGGUGGAGAUUCCUUUUGACUCAUGGAACUUUGAAAAUCCAAGUGAUGAGUGGUUUGUGCUUCAGCCCAAGGUGGAAUUUGCUGCUGACAUAGGCCUGCACUAUAAAGGAGAGCUAACAGUUUCUUUACGUUACAUCCCCCCAGAGGAGAACCUUAUGCUUCCUCUAGGACAAGUUCAAGAUGCAGGAAAGAAGACCUUCAAAAGGGGAAAGAAGAAGGAGUCACCUGUAAUCUCUGGAGGAAUACUGGAAGUGUUCAUCAAAGAGGCAAAGAAUUUGACAGCAGUGAAGUCAGGAGGCACCUCUGAUAGCUUUGUGAAGGGCUACUUGCUCCCUGAUGAUAGCAAAGCUACCAAGCACAAAACUGUGGUAGUAAAGAAGAGUGUUAACCCUCAGUGGAAUCAUACUUUCAUGUUCAGUGGCCUGAAUCCCCAGGACAUAAAGAAUGUUUGCCUUGAACUUACUGUCUGGGACAAGGAGGCCUUUUCCAGCAACAUCUUUCUGGGAGGAGUUCGUUUGAAUUCUGGAACUGGUAUGAGCCAUGGGAAGAAUGUGGAUUGGAUGGACUCUCAGGGGGAAGAGCAGCGCCUCUGGCAGAAGAUGGCCGACAAUCCUGGGAUUCCCGUAGAGGGUGUACUCAUGCUCCGGUCCAGCAUGGGGAAGUGUAGGCUCUGAAGGUACCAGUUUUCAAAGUGAGGCCCCCAGGCACUGUCUGGCUGCCAUUUCACACCAGUAUCAGUCUUGGGACCUGGACUUCUGCUUCCCUGCCGUCUCUCACCUGAGGGUAUUGGGACCUAUGGGGAGAGAGGUCGGUGUUAUAAACAUUUAGGGUCUUGCUGAGUGUCUAAAAGAGCAGGUAUUUCUAUAUGUCCAUGGGCUAGGGCCUUUUUGAUGGGAUGAUAGAAAGUGUGCCACACUGUCCUGUCAAUAGGACAAUUGUGCAAUGAUUCAUUGGCUUUAUACCAUAAGGGAGAUGGUACAAGCUUCUUUGAAACUACAGUUGAAAUUUGGAAUCCCUAAACUUUUUCUAUUAAUGAGUUAUUUUGCAUUUCCUAAAAUGGUUUGAGGGGUAAAGGGGCCACUCAUAAUGUAGAUCAUUUGAAGAGUAAGAAGGGGUACUGGCUACCCUUUUCUCACCCUGGAAUUCCCAUAAUCCAAAAAAAGGCAUUGUGAGUAUGGUUGCUUGGGCAAGGAGAUGGCCCUGUUAUUGUAGCAAACUUAUGGAUUAACCAGGUAAAUUUUCAAGAUGAACUGACAGGUUUUUCUAUGGUGAUUAUAUAAUUUAUAAUCUAAAUCAGCCCAAUUUUGAGAGUGAAAAGAACUAAAUCAUUAUACCAGAACAGUAGAUGUAAACCAGGAUUGACCUGGGAAAAUUGGGAUGUAGUGUCAUCUUAGUUAGGAGCUAGCAAUUAGAGGGCUCUAUGGUAAACAUUUAUUUUGUAAAAUAUUCUAAGCCACUAACUACAAGGGAAUAAGAACUAAUGUACAUUUUGAGCCCCUGCCUGUAUCAUAUCUACUGAUAUCUCAUUGGUCAAAGGAAGUCAUAUGGCCAAGCCUAAAAUUAAGAGGCAGGGAAAUAUACUCUGCUCACAAUGAAGCCAUGGCAAGGAUGAGGAUGCGGGAAGGGAAGAAGAAUCGCAGCCAGUAGUUCAGUUCAGUCUACUAUACCUUCUAUUACCUGGAAUUCCAUAUGCUUUGGCCACCAGGCUUAGAUGCAAAAGUAGUUAAAGCUGAAAGAUACCUCAGACCUGGUUCCUGAUUUUGCAUAUUCCAAAUCUGAAGCUCCAAGAAAGCUAAAAUGACUUAACCAAGAUCAUAUAGAAGCUAUGACUAUAUCCAGACUAAAUCCAGGGUGUGACUUGUAGGCCAGUAUUCUUUCCACUGUAGCCCUUGGCAUAAUUUUAUGCUUAUCAGGGUGGACAAGAGGGCAUAGAUGAAGGAAGGUGGAGCAGAGUCAGGUUAUUUCAGUAUGAAGUACCUGACUCAUUCUUCUUCUAGAGUCCUAUUCUAGCCCUUCAGCUCACUUUUUCACUCAAAUUUAUAUAAAAUCUUUAAAAGAAUAGAAACUGAAUUUUAGUGGGAAGAAAGCUAUAAUCAUCUUCAGGCUUAUUCAAACUAAUUUUUCCACAUUCUGAAUAUCUUCUUGAACUUUGAAAACUGAUCUAAGAAUAUAUUUAGCAUUAUUCUUAGGGAAUAAGCAGUCCAUUUUCAGUGUUAUUCAAAAAUAGGCUAAUUCUCAAUAAUUGAAGUUAUUGGUCUACUGUAGCUUAGUACGUAUGGAACAUUUUCUUACACACUUACACUCAUAUACCUAUGCUAUUUUCUUAAAAACAGAAAAUAAAAAGUGUAAGAUCAUCAUGGCUUCCUAUAUUGAAAAAAUUAAUUUUUUCAGACUUGAUCUGACUUAUUCUGUCUUCAGUGACAUUUUUAGGGCCCAUGAGAGGGUAAUGGUGGUGAAGUCUGGAGACCACUCUAAUGUAAACAAAAUGAAGUAUAUUUAUUCACUAAUAAUAAAAGUGGCAAAAUGUAUAACUUGAACUCUAGGUAAGCAUAAAAUUUAUGUGUUCAUACCUUUGCCACUUUUAGAGCAAUUAUCUGUAUUAGGUUUCAUAAAAUCCAACAUCUAACUGGGUAUUUCCAUAAUGCAAAACCCAGGUAUGCAGAAGUCCAUCAGAAACCUGUGGUGUUAAAAAAAAAAAAAGAAAAGAAAAGA